AUGGGGUUUCCGGUUCAUUGGUUCGAAGAAGAGGAGGUGCGAUCGACGGAACGCGUCAAAGAGGAAGACAACGUUGAGAGGCUGAUGGCGAGGGACAGCAGGGAGGAGAGACAACCAAAGCCAACCUUAAAGGUUGCUGCACAUGGCAGCAAAUUAAUAGGAUGGGUUCCGCCAAUGCUCCCAAGGCAGAUGAAUGAUUGGAUAGUUGCAUCUGGUCUGUCAUCUUUGCAGCAUACUAGUUUGGCCAGGAUAGAUACACAUCUGUUAUCUGCUUUUGUUGAGAGAUGGCAUCCUGAAACAUCGUCAUUUCAUAUGUCGUUCGGCGAGAUGACCAUCACGCUAGAUGAUGUUUCAUGUCUUCUUCAUGUACCGAUUAGGGGCGAGCUGGUUGACCCCGAUGUUGUUGUCACCGAUUAUGAUGCUAUCCAUCUAGCUGUUGAGUUGUUUGGUGUUUCACUGAGUGAUGCCACUGCGGAGGCUUCUACUGUUAGGGGUCCUUACUAUAAAUUGGAUUGGUUGAAGCAAAUUUUUGAGCAACAGAGAGCGGCAAAUAACUUUACGGGUGCUAUGAGAGCCUACAUGAUGUUGCUAUUAGGUUGUACUAUUCUUGCCGACAAGACUUUUACUCUUGUCGAGGCAAAAUAUCUAAACCCACAAUUUCCAUCAUCUCUUACAUCAACAAUGUCAUCAAUAAAUGGUCUGAUGUAA